CGGAAGGAGAUACUCGUCCUUGCAACAGACAUUAUGGCAAAGUUUAUCGUCCUAGUAGCGGCGCUCGCGGCCUGCCAUGCAGCGCCUGUUGAAAUCGUCGAACUUCCCGAGGGUGUAUUCCGUGUGGGCCGGUCUCCGGGUGUAGCCUGGAGCUUCGGCAGCGGUUUUGCCAGCGACAUCGGAGGUGUCCGGCACGCGUCCGGACAGUCCAGCUCCUUCCAGAGCGGGGACGCGCAAGCAUACGGCUCCGGCUUUGCUAACGCUAACAACAACUACGCCAGCGGCACUGCUUUCGCGCAGGCACCACAGGCAAUCCAGUACCCGACCGUUCAACACACUGUAGUACGACAACCAGCCCAUCAAAACAAUAUUCUGGUGCAACCCGUGCCACUCGUCCAAUACAGUGUGGUGAAGCAACCGGCACAGCAACAUAAUGUAGUCCAGCAUCCCGUCAGCCAUCAACACGCCACCAUAGCUCAUCACCAACCCGCCCAAGUAGCUGUUACAGUGCCGAAAAAACCUAGCAAACCUAUCAACCACAACUUCAACAACUUUGGAUCGGCGAGCUCCUCGGCAGCUGCCAACUCUUACAACGGAUUCGGUUCUGCCACUUCCAAUGUUUACAACAACGGCUACAACCAGUAUCAGAACGCGGCAGCUUCGGCACAGAACUACAACGGCCUAGGCUACGAGUCCGCGGUGGCGUCUGCCAACUCUAACGGAUUCGGUCAUGGAUCAGCUGUAUCCUCGGCUCAGAACAUCGGUAACCAGGGAACCGCCGUAUCGUCUGCACAAACCCUCGACAGAUUUAACAACUUUCAAGCUUCGGUCGCGGCCGCGGAGAACUACGGCAACUACCAGGCAAGCACCGCACAGACCAUCAAGCAGAGAGGCAGCCAGGUGCAGCAGAGCAUCGCCAGCAGUGUGAACGCUCCAGGCUUCCAAGCAGCCAAUGCCAACGCCUACAAUACUGGCUUCUAUUAAACCUCUUAAAUUAUAAUAAUUUAUUUUAAUAUUUAUUACAAUUAAUUUAAUUCAAAUUCGCAUUGCAUUUUUUAUUUAUAGAAAUUGAAAUUAAAGGGAGUCUAU